UUGUGAUCAUGUAAUCAAACGGUUGUCAGGUUUCAGCCUGAGAGAGGGAGCGAAGACAAUACAUGAGGGCAUGCACAAAAGCAGAUGUAUUAGAAGGCAGAACAGGAGAAAAUGUUCCGUCCAAACUCCAUUGCUUUUGUCUUUAAUUAGGUUACUUUAAGAAACUUGAACUGUUUUAUCUUCUAUAUUUGUACGUUGGAAGUAAAAUCAAGAGAAGAUAAGAAGCAACCAAACAGAUUGGGGAGGUGGUGUCUGUUCUUGUAGACACUGACCAAAAACUAAGCCUCUGCAAUUACACACUAGAGCCUCAAAAUGCUGCUUAGAGAAACCAUUCAAAAAGCCAACUUAUGCUUUUACAAAACCCUUCAAAACCUCAGGUCUUUCUUCUAUGGGAAGCACCAAAAGCUUUCCAAACUCCCUUCCUUCAAUCCCUUCUCUUGCGGCGGUCGUGGCAGCCGGAAAGAUUAUCAAAGAGAUCAAUUCUACAUCAAGUUUUGUGAUGAAUGGGAGGCCAGUCUAAAUAAGGCGAAAGAGAGUUACAAUAGCAGUCUAAUGGCCUCAGAAGAGCAGAGGAAGGAAGAAGUUGCAUGUAGUGGAAGCUUCGUAAAGUCUGCAAAGCAAAGUCCUGCGAAUGGCAAACAAGAAGGGGUGGUAGAAGAAAAGAAGAACAGAGAAAGUCCCCAAAUAGGAAAAGAAGAGUCGUGCAGGCUGUGCAGCUCAAAGAACACGAAUGGAGAUGGAGGCCUAGGGGGCCAUGUGUUAUCAGAAAAGAUGAAGGAUUUGGAGAUGAUGGACACAGAUGAUUUGGAACAAGUGUUGGACGUAGAAGAGGCUCUGCACUACUAUUCUCGCCUUACAAGCCCACUUUAUGUCGACAUUGUCGACAAGUUUUUCAUGGACAUGCACACAGAUUUCUCUAUCCCACAAGUCUCCACCAGCAUCAACAAUUCCAAAAGGAGAUUUGGCUAGAUAAGGUUGUAGUUUUUCCUUGUUCAUUCAGAUCUAUUCUUUUCUCUGUUUUGUUUAAUUUUCUCUCUGUAUGUAUUUGUGCAUUUGGUUUUCGUUCCAUGCUCUGUAUACCUUUCUUAAAUCUCAGUCAAUUGCUAUAUGCCCGAGUUUUUCUUGU